AUGUAUAAUCAGAGGAAUCAAUCUUCGGGUACUUUACUCACUCAAGCUUUUCAUCCACAUUCAGCUGAGGAUCAAUUUUCUCAAGGUUUUCUUGAGGAACAACAGCAACAGCAACAGCAGCAAUAUAAUCAAGAACAGUUAGAAGAGAUCCAAGAACAAUUAAAUUCUUCUAAUAUCAUUCAACGUUUCCAAAUGGCCGAUAAUAACGGUUUCCCUUUUCAGGCUUUUGAAAAUAAUGCUGCAAUGCUUGGAAGUUCCCUUCCGUCUGAUUGGACACAAAAUUAUGGUGAUGAAAUGAGUGAAUUCGUAUUUAGUAACGGUGGAGUCUUUGUUGAUGGCUUAAUUUCUCAAAAUUAUGUCAAUGAUCCUUCUUGGGUGCUUGCUCAAGCUGAGCAACAGUCCCUUCAUCAUGUUGGUCAACAACAGGAUUCACAACAGCAAAUUAAUGCUUCUGAAAAUACAGUGUCUCAAAAUAAUGAUCAUGCUCAUUUAAGGGCCCAGACUCCGGGUCCUUUACAAAAGACCAACAUUCCAAAUUAUUUGACCAUGCGUCGUCGAAGCUUAUCCGCGGAUAAUAUCCAUGCAUUAGCAAAGGCGCAAGCAGCUCGUAAGGCCAUGUUUGCUGCGCAACAAUCACAAUCAUCCUUGUCCCCUUCGAUGAAUUUUGAACAACAGGUCCAAUUUUCUUCCAUUCAAAACUCAAAACAACAAACGUUAAAUCCUAACGGAUUUCAACUUGAUGAUGCAAAUAAUAACCAAAUUAAUAAUGAAAAUGAUGGAGAUAUAAAUAAUCAUAACUCACAAAAUACAUCUGGGAAUACGAGCCCAAAUUCACAAAAUACUCGAUCGCACUUAUCUAGAACUUCUAGUGCUAGUCCAAUUAAUCAUGCCCAAAGGCUUAAUGAAUUGCAAGCAAGAUUUAAAGUAAAACUAGAUAAAAGGACCCAAAGAAGUAUGCCGAAUAUUCAAUUAACAGCAGCUGCUCAGAGUGCUAUGCCUUUAUCACAAGUUAAAUCGAAUACUUCAACGGGUACUCCCAUUAUGGAUUUAUCAUCUGUAUCAACUCCCAAUACACCUACAUUCCCACCCGAAAAAUCUAAACUUGCUCCACCUCGCCGGGGACACAUGCGCAAACGUUCUCUUUCUGCGCCUACGGCUCCUUUCCAAUCCCAAAACGCCGCACAAAUGCCAGGUUCAAUUCCUAUGCAACCAGCACAAUCAUUUCCACUCAAUUUUUCUCUUUCUUCUUCCUUUCGUAGAAAUGCUUUACCUAUUCAAAUACAACGAAAUCCUAAACAUAAUCAUAAUAGUCCUCCCUUGUCCUCUGAAGAAUAUCAACGUAAAUUGGAUGAAGAACUUGAAAAGGUUGACUUUGAAGAUAUUACAGUCAGCGAACUUAAAGAAAUGUUGAGACAACGUGGAAAACCCGCAACAGGCAAAAAAGCGAUAUUAAUGCAAAGACUGCAAGAAGAAAUUAUGUCGACUCCAACGUCCCCCUCUGGAGUUUCAUUGCAAAGUCGUAUUGCCAACUUGCACAUAUCCAGCCCACCAAUACAUUCUCGACGUUUCAGUCCUUAUGGAAGUGUUAGUAUUCCGGGUAGUCCAAGGAUGAUGCCCAGCGGGCUGGGUAAUGGACGGCCUCAGUCCGGUUUCAACGGUGGCAAUCUUUCAUUUCCUGAAAGCGCAGAAGAAUGGCAAUUCCAAAAUGUUGGAUUAGUACAGGGUAAUAUGUCACAACCUUUGUUACCACAUAAUUUAGAUGAUGCUUCAAUUAUGAUAAUGGGACAACAGUCACAUGAUAUUUAUGGAUCCCAACAACCUUCUUCUGCUCCUCCCACUAUUACAGAAUUUGAUGCCGUUACCACAUCAGAAUUUCAAGGAUUUCAACAACCAUCAUCUGCUCCUCCGAUGACCACAGAGUUUGUUGAUACGUAUGAUUUUAUGAAUCCAAUGUCGAUGAACGUAGCCAUGUCAAUUAACCCAGAUAUGAUGAGGUUAAGCGUUUCAGACGUUGAUGAUCCAAUCUUAUUGAAACAAGAACCAGGAAAUGAAAAUAAAAAUACUUUGGCAAAUUUGAAUGUUGAAAGUAGACCGCAAUCUGGAUCAAUCGUAUCGGCACCACCGAAUGAUACUGGAAUGUUGGUACAACAGGGUUUGGGAUUUGGUUUCAAUCCUCAGCAUCAUUUACAGGAUGAAAAUAUGAUGAUUAAAUCUGAAGAUAAUCUAGAUUUCCUAAAUUACACUACGACGAAUAUGGCUUCCGCGCAACAAUUGCCAAUGCAGAUCGAGUUGCCACAAGACGGAAUGACAUACGGCGGAUGGUGA